UGGAGCUUGUGUGGUCCUCACUCAUUACCUCUAAUAUCUCUCUCUAUUAUUUUUCAUGUUCUUUGGCUACACUCCUUAGACCCUCUCACUGUUUGCACAGAAUACAUUUUGCUUUUGGUUCUCAAUUUGGUGACUUUCUUGCUUCCCAUAAGUAAAAAUAAUGGAUGGAAAAGGGAAGCAAAGGAUUAUUGAAAGGUUGGUGAAGAAAGAAUUAGCUGAGUUUGGUGGUGAAUCAUCAGAUGAUGAUGGGUCACUAGAGAUGGGAAGUGUAGAUGAUUGUAUUGAGAGUAACAAGAAAAAGAAAGCGGUGGCUGGCGGUGGAAAGAAGGGAUUCGGCGGUGGUGGUGCUGGGAGUGGGGGGAUGAGGUGUUGUCAAGCUGAGAAGUGUACGGCUGAUCUAACCUAUGCAAAGCCAUAUCAUAAGAGGCAUAAGGUUUGUGAGUACCAUUCGAAGGCUCAGAUUGUGGUUGUUGAUGGGAUUAGGCAACGAUUUUGCCAGCAAUGUAGCAGAUUUCACGAGCUAUCAGAAUUUGAUGAAACCAAAAGGAGUUGUCGUAGGCGUUUGGCUGGACACAAUGAGCGACGAAGAAAGACUCAUACAGAAAAUUCAAUCCACAAAGGAACAGGUACCCAGUUGAAGAAUAUGGUAUGUGGACAGGUCGAUGACAGAGGAAGAAUUAAGAUAACCAUCCAAGACAAUGCCACUUACAAGCAUUUCCAGAUCAGACAAACCAAUUGUUCUUAAGCUUGCUCCCUCUCUUCUGUCAUCGUAGAAUGUAGUCGUGGUAGUAGUAAUAGCAAGAGCAUUGUUCCGUAGUGUAUAGUUAUUGAAGAUUUCUCUUAGGUUUAGUACAUGCUAAUGCCUUAGGGCAUCCAUUUCAGGAUGGCAAGAUUGCUAGUUCCGGUGCUAGAUUUAUGAAAGUCUGUAGGCUAGCCAGGGGUUUCAGUGCACCAUAGAUUGCAGCUUUUUUAGUACCCAAUGUGAUUUGCUCAACCUAACUUAUGUUGAUAAGGUUUGAAAACCUAAUGUAUGCCUGAUAAGGUUUGAAUUGCCACCGAACCCCUUCUUCCACCACCGCUGCCGCCAGCCACCACAUUCUUUCUACACUCCCCAUCUCUAGAUACCCAUAUCACAACUCAACUCAAUCUCUACCAUUUGUCGACAAUUUAUACAUUUCUAAACUUGUUUGCAAAUCCUAAGAGAUUGCAAUUUUAGAUAGAGAAUAUUAAAUUUCGAUUCAACUCAAGUUUAUAAUAAAUUAAAGUUGUAACCAA